GAGUUCCGCAGGCCCGGAAGCCAGCUUCGCGAGGUUGCUGUACUUCCGGCGGUUCUGGUGGCUGGGUAGCGGUCCCUGGCGUGGGCUCGGCUGGUGCUCAGCCUCUUCGGGGAAGAUGUUUUACCACAUCUCCUUGGAGCACGAGAUCCUCCUGCACCCGCGCUACUUCGGCCCCAACCUGCUCAACACGGUGAAGCAAAAGCUCUUCACCGAGGUGGAGGGGACCUGCACUGGCAAAUAUGGCUUUGUGAUUGCUGUCACCACCAUCGACAAUAUCGGUGCUGGUGUGAUCCAGCCUGGCCGAGGCUUUGUCCUUUAUCCAGUUAAGUACAAGGCCAUUGUUUUCCGGCCCUUUAAAGGGGAGGUCGUGGAUGCCGUUGUCACUCAGGUCAACAAGGUUGGACUCUUCACAGAGAUUGGGCCCAUGUCCUGCUUCAUCUCUCGACAUUCCAUCCCAUCAGAGAUGGAGUUUGAUCCUAACUCCAACCCGCCAUGUUACAAGACAAUGGAUGAGGACAUUGUGAUUCAGCAGGAUGAUGAGAUCCGCUUGAAGAUUGUGGGGACCCGUGUGGACAAGAAUGACAUUUUUGCUAUUGGCUCCCUGAUGGACGAUUAUUUGGGGCUUGUGAGCUGAGCACCGGGACCUCUUACCUUGUUUGGUCCUUACCUAGGAGGUGUGACUGUCACAAUUCCCAUGUUGUGCAGAGGCCGAGUCUAGGUGCUGUUGGGGAGGCAAGGGAGUUACCUUAUCAUGAGAAGAGAUCUGGUUCUGGUGCUUAGCAUCUACUUCUAGCUUUUUGUCUGUGUGUUCUAACCAUAAAAAGUUCUUGAUUCCCA